CGCGGUCCCGCGACGCGGCUCCACAGCGCGGAGGCUCCAGGGCGGCCCGCCAUGGCUGCAGGAGGCCCCGGCGUGGGGUCCGCGCCCCACAUUCCCUCCGCGUCCUCCCUGCCGCUGGCUGCGCUCAACGUGCGAGUGCGGCGCCGCCUGUCGCUCUUCUUGAACGUGCGGACGCAGGUGGCGGCUGACUGGACGGCGCUGGCCGAGGAGAUGGACUUCGAGUACUUGGAGAUCCGGCAGCUGGAGACGCACACCGACCCCACGGGCAGCCUGCUGGACGACUGGCAGGGACGCCCUGGCGCUUCCGUGGGCCGCCUGCUCGAGCUGCUCGCCAAGCUGGGCCGCGACGACGUGCUGGUGGAACUGGGGCCCAGCAUUGAAGAGGACUGCCAAAAGUAUAUCCUGAAGCAGCAGCAGCAGGAGUCUGAGAAGCCCUUACAGGUGGCUGCGGUAGACAGUAGUGUCCCACGGACGGCAGAGCUGGCAGGCAUCACCACGCUCGAUGACCCCCUGGGGCAAAUGCCUGAGCGUUUUGAUGCCUUCAUCUGCUACUGCCCCAGCGACAUCCAGUUUGUGCAGGAGAUGAUCCGGCAGCUGGAGCAGACAAACUAUCGACUGAAGUUGUGUGUGUCUGACCGCGAUGUCCUGCCUGGCACCUGUGUCUGGUCCAUCGCCAGUGAACUCAUUGAGAAGAGGUGCCGCAGGAUGGUGGUGGUUGUCUCCGAUGAUUACUUGCAAAGCAAGGAAUGUGACUUCCAGACUAAGUUUGCACUCAGCCUCUCUCCAGGUGCCCAUCAGAAACGACUGAUCCCCAUCAAGUACAAGGCAAUGAAGAAAGAGUUCCCCAGCAUCCUACGGUUCAUCACUGUCUGUGACUACACCAACCCUUGCACCAAGUCCUGGUUCUGGACUCGCCUCGCCAAGGCUCUGUCCCUGCCCUGAAGACUGCCUGGGGACCCUGGGUGUGCGUGCGUCUGUCUGCCUGUACAUGUACUUCUGCCCCUGCUUCCUCCUGUGGUUGUAGGGAAAUCUGUGUUCCACUUGCCUCUCAAUUCUUGGAGAUGCCAACUCCAUAGACACAUCUGCAGCCACUAUACAUAUCUGGACAUCACAUCUCAUGUCCUGCGUGGAACCAGUGGCUGCAAGUGUCACGUCCACUUGCUGGGUUAUCAGCCAGGAGAGUGAAAACCACAGCUAGCUGGGACUAAGAAGAGGACCAGCGGAGCCAGCUCUGACCUGUCCACACAUCUUAGGCCUCAGUUUCUCUACCUGAGAACUAAGUACGGUGGGGAGAACAGGCAGUAGCUGUGUUUGAAUCACUGUAGGAAAUGUUGAAACAUUGGUCUGGGUCUCCUAGGGGAGACAAAUGUUGGUUGUGAGAGAGCUGGCUGCCUGGGCCACAUGCUGGCCACUGUGGGGACCACGGCACUGCUGGGGCAGCUGCUUCCAUGAUGGUGCCUACUGAUACGUCAGUGCCUGGUUGCCCACCUCAUAUCCCACUUCCUCCGCCUGCCCCCAGGGGCAGAUGGGGAAGCAGGCUGGCCCAGCAUGGGGAGAUCCUACCUUGAACCUGAUUCCCUAAUGGGUCCACCUCUUAUCUGUCUCUUUGACCCCUCCCAGCCUCUGCCUACCUUCAGUGGGACAUGUCCCCAAGACAUUGGCCCAAUUGUCUAGGACUGCUUUUUCCUUCCACCUCUCCACACCCCUGUGAUCACACUCUCACCUCUGCCUGGCAUGAGAAGGAUCCUGACCUCCAGCAUAUCCAUCAAGUUUGGGUUCCGGGGCUGGGUCACCAUGGCAGUGUAAGGAGGAAAGCUUCCCCGUUGGGCCCCCCAGAGAGCUGUCCUACCAACCUUCUGUACUUUGAUUGCCUUACAAAGCUGUUUGCUGGGACCAGUUUACAAACAGUGAUCACACAAGAGCCUCCUGCCCCAAGGCUUAUGGGUACAUGGACACAUACAAACUCACAGCCACAUAUCUACAUGCACGUGCACCCUCACACACACACACACACACAGCCACCUUCAUGCACAUAUUUCCCUGGGUACAGCUUCUAGGAACGGCUGGUGGGGACAGUCCAACCAUCAAGGGGGUCUAACCCUGGACAAAGAUGGGACACUCUUGUAUUCCUUUUCUCUUUUUUCCCUCUUCAUUUAAAACCAGACUCUGGAAAGGACCCACUAUGCCAGUAUUCAUACCUUCAGUGGAGCACAGAGCAAGAGAGGGCUGCUUGAACUCACACAGCAAGUUAGCUGCAGACACAGCUGUGUUUCCCUCCCCCGCACAUUUGUACGUUAGUCACCCUCAAGCUCUCCUUUGAGGAGAAAAUGUCAUGGUCUCAGGUCUCUGACCCAGGGCAGACCCAGGACCCUAAAUCUAAUAGAAAAUGUGUGUCCUCUUUGCUCCACCUCCAGCCAUGGGGGGGGCAAGGUACGUUUCCUCAGGGUCUCAGAGGGACUGGAGGCCCCUCUCUGCAUGACAUUGACGAAGCACUUAGCUACCAUGCACCUAUCCCCACUUUGAUAUUGGGAGGUAUUUUAAAACAAUUUUAGGAAACUAUCUUUUACUACGGUUUUGUAUGCAUUGUGAGAAUCUCAGAGAGCUGAGAAAUGCCUAUGUUUGUCAUUUCUCCUUCUGUAUCCUGGGUUUACAAUAAAGAGUUCUCUACUUGGGGA